AUGCCCUUCACCCGGGCCGUGUCCUCGACUUGUGGACCGUCUCGCCCUCUCAUCCAGCGCCUCGGCGAGCGUGUCUCACAAUGGAGCAUGGCUGCGACUCACCAUGCUUGA